AUGUUUGUCACUGCGGGAAGAGCUUUAUCAGAAAGGAGCAUCUGCGGCGCCAUCAAGCGACCCACGGGGAACGUAAUUUCGUUUGUCCUAUUUGUCAACGAUCCUUUACAAGAAAGUCAGUUCUUACUUGACUUGUUACGCCGUCACUUGGCACGACAUGAUAUGCCAACAGCCCCUGAUCCACGACGAGGAAGAGCCUGUGAUACGUGCCAUGCCAACAAGACGAAGUGCGAUGGUGGUACAAAGUGCACGCUUUGUCUUAAGAGAGGUAUCAACUGCACGUAUAAACACGCCUCGAAAAGCAGCAGUGGGAGUAAAAGCCCAGCCGAUAAUGCACCAGAGCCACGAGCGAAACGUCCUGCACCAAACAGCACUGGAUCCCAAGAUGCUGUUCCAUCUAUCAUCCUAAAUGUCACACCGGGACCACCUCAGAUCUCACCGAUCGACGAAGUCAAAGCUGGCUUCAAACGAAUAGCCAAUCAUAUCCAAAGCGGCGAAAUACCCAUCGGCGAAGACACCCCAGUCCCCCCUCUGGACCAGAAGUGGCUGGAGAGAAAUUCAAAAGACUAUUUCGGGCGAUUUCACGAUACAUGGCCCCUCCUGCAUGGACCAUCUUACAUGGGUAAUGAGAAUUCCCUGCUUAUAACGACCACAGUCGCUAUGAUAAGCUGCUGGUUGAAAAGUUCGGAUGAGUUUGGUGAAGUUGUUUUGCAGUUCCACGAAGCUUUUAUGAAUGCAUCCUCUGAGUGGAUCUCAGAUCCAAGAUCUCGAAAUGGUUUAGACAGCCGCUGGCCUAUAGAGACAUAUCAGGCUAUAGUUCUCAACAUUAUCUUUGCUUUCUAUCACGGAAAUGAGAGACUAGCCGCCAAAGCAUCACUAUUGCGAGGUACACUGGUUGUGGCCUUGCGCGAAAUAGACUUUUUCAACAGCGACAACGCAGCAGAACAGCAACGGGUUCAUUAUCCUGGGACAUUUGUUCCUUGGUUAAUGACAAUCGAAGAUAGAUGGAAACGACUCGUUAUUUAUCUCUUCAAAAUCGAUAUGUACCUUUCAUCAGCCCGUUUUCAAGCCCCAACUCUCUUCAGAGAAGAAAUCGACCUCACUCUGCCUUCAACAUACUCCCUCUGGAACGCCUACGGUCUCGACAUAUUCUUCAGACGAAUCACGGAGCAGCCAGCCGAGCGCUCUAAUUCCAAACUCUCGGAAAUCAUAGCCAAUCCAAAUACUCCCGUCAAAUCUCUUUUGCUUUUCGAAGAUAUCCACCUGGCUCUCUGCGGAUUACUGCCCGCCAUUUGGAACCGCAGCCAGAUCGCACGGCGGAGCACAGAAGCUGGCAGGCCUACGCAUAAUUCUACAUCCUCUUUGGCAUGGCAGUUGGAGACGUGGAAGGCCGAUGUGGAUCGUCUAAGUCACCAGUGCUUCCAGAACUUUCAUUCUGUUGAAGCUGGAGAAUUACCCUUUGCUGCAUAUAUCGGAGACUACGUCGAGGAGCCACCGAGGGCUAGAGCCGCGGCGAUGACCAAUAUCAAGUUCUUGGUGUCGGAUUGCAUGAUGACGUAUCAUCUUCAAGGGCUGCAGCUGUAUGCUGAUACACGCACGAUCAACUCAGUAGCGAGGGCAUCGACUGUCUCAUCAGACCAUGAAACCUCUUUAGGGCCUCGACUGCAAAAACUACACACGCAGAUAAAUCUCUGGGCCAAAUCACUCGAGAGCAGACGGGCCCUACUCCACGCCCUGGCCGUGCUUCGACAAUGCGAAACCGAUCUCGAAUCUAACGAGCCGCAAACCCAAUUCGCCGACCCAGUAGCUUGCCUGGCUAUAUCAACCAGCGCCCUGGUAGUAUGGGCAUGGCUCCUCUUCUCCGAGGCAGCAUGUUCCUGCGUGCCGAGCAUAAACCACAUAAACAUCGGGGUUGAUCCCCAGGAUCUAAACAACACAGCGCGGUUGGAGAACUGGUUACAGGCGGAUGGGACGGCGGCGGUGAAUAAUAUCCCGCUGUGUAGGUGUAUGUCUGAAGGGUGGAUGGCUAGGUUCAAUGCUUUGCUGCCACAGGGGAGCAGACGAUGGGGAUUAUGUGAUGAGGUUGCUCCUAUUCUGGAUACUCUAAGCGCUGGAAGCUAG